AUGUUUGUCCACGCUUUGGAGGUAUCCGGCUUGAUUGAUUUAACGGUGCCGCCAAUAACAAAUGAUGAUAUUAACGCUACUGCGGCUGCGUUAGUAAAUAAUAACGGUAGACGACCGUUUCGCUUAAUCAUCUAUGACCCCCGCACGGGUCAAGAAGCCACGGCCUUCGAAUAUAUGCGUCCCACUUUUGGUAACACGGUGGACUUGACACGCCUGUGGCAACCCUUUUGCUUCGACACAAAUUACAACCCCGCAGCAAUGRCAAUUAAUCUCGGCAUCAGCUUCAAUGAGCGCUACAACCUUAGCAGCAGCAUACCGAUUAAUGCGCCGCCCACUUCGUGCAUACCGUUAAUAAUGCCAUUGCCAAUUUAUAUUUGCCUUCGUGUGGACAGUGUACGCUCCGUAAAUGGCAAUGCGACGCUGUGUACGACACUCUUAUUUCGCCUUAUGCAAAACGAUCUCAUGCAGUUCUUGUUCGGGUGCGUGCGCUUCGGUCAAGAUGGUUUCUUUUUCAAUCGGUUUAUAGCGUUUUCGCCUGGAGGUAAUGGCAAGGGGCUUUCAGAAGUUGAAACGGCUGCUAACGGUAUAAGAUACGAUGUACUAACUUGA